AUGACGACGGUUCUUCUGUUGUGCAUGCUUCCUAUGACUAUGGCGCAACUUUAUUUGCAUUCUGAUCUGGCAUAUCACGCACCUGCAGCGAGCAGUUAUGUUUUGCCCGCAUCUGCAUAUCAACCUGUAGUAGGAAGAUUACAAUGUGUUGCUGGCUGUAUGCCAGCUUGUAAUCCUUCAUGUAUUCGUCUCUAUCAAGUUCCUGCUGUUCAGCAUUACGGGCCUUCAGCUGUCUUGGCAGCUCAUUAUGUUCAGCAGCCAUACGUUCAUCCCUACAUGGCUAUCCAAGGAUGUCUACCAUCUUGCAUGCCAACUUGCUCUGUUCAAUGUAUGGACGCCCCACAUGCUCCACAUGUUCCUCAUGUUCCUUCUAGUACUCCCGCUUCAUCCGAGACUAUUGCACCUGAAACAACAACCCUGACCCCGGAACCGGAGACAACUACAACAACUGAGGCCGUCACUACAACCGAAGCAACAACUACAACGACUGAAGCUACAACCACAACGACCCAACCCACUACAACGACGACAAUGACGACGACGGAAUCAACGACAACAACCACAACUGAAAUCCCUACAACAACGGAAGGCACAACGACAACAGUUGCUUCAACAACUCCAUGUCAAUGCAUGCCAAUUUGCAAUUGCCCAACCGAGACAACACUCCCAAUCUUACGUGAUCCACCAGUUUUUGAGACUACUUUCGCUCCAACCAUCUCCACAACAACAUUCCCUGUAACACCUAGUCGUUUAAUGCCAGGAAAUGUUCCUUGCACUAAUGUUUGCGUUAUCCGAGUAAAUAUUGGACAACAACUAAACAAGGCGAUUGAACAAGGAAUGAAUGGUUGUCGUAGAACAGUAUGCAGUUGUCCAGAAGGGUUCCAACGAUGCAAUAACCAACGUUGUUGCCGUCAUUUCUGA